AUGGCUAAAACCGAGGUUGCAACUUUGGAUGAAAUUUUAGAAGAAAGCAACUUCACAGCACUUGCCAUUUCUAUCCGUACCGAAAAUUUGCGAGCCAUGUAUGCUUUGCUCAUUGCAGGCGCAGAUAUCGAAAGUCGUACCAGCAAUGGACAAACAUGCUUGUAUUUGGCUUGCUGCCUAGGAAAUGAAAAGGCUCUCGCAGCGUUGCUUGACGCUGGUGUCGAUACUUCCCAUAAGGAUGAUUUUGGGUGUACUGCAAAAGACUAUGCCGCGCGCAACGGGCGUUCUGAUAUCGUAGAUUUAUUUUUCAAGGAUUAUUGCGCAAAAUCACCUCGUAGCAAAUCCUCUGGCGAGGAGCUACAUGAUUGUGAGUACCAUGGGUCUCGAGCUUGUGUGGAAAGUACUAUUGAAGAACCUGACGUCUCGAAUUUGGUUCAACUUCCUCUCGGGGAAAAGUCCGGAGACCUUGCCCGUCGCCCUAAAUUACCAUCAAAUAUUCGAAACGCUACGAUUGUUACCCUUUCCAACUCAGCAGAAUAG